UAAUGCUUAUUUUAUUAUAUACUUUCUAAUAAUUCUAAUGAAUUUAUGUUUUUUACCUAAUGAUGGGCGUAAAUAUAUUAUUAUAAAAUUAACCAUAAUAAAAGGUUUAGUCGAAUAUUUUAAAAGUUGUUUGUUUGUAUAUCAUGAUAUACCUACCUUUGCAACCUUUGCAGCAAAUGAAGAAGGCAAUCUUGAAUAUCUAACUUACAUCGAAGAUCAUUUAAAACAUGAAUUGCCAUUAUAUCCAAUUUUUUUUUUUGAUCGCUUUAUUUAUCGUGCUUAUUAUGGAUUUUUUGGCUAUGGUAGAUGUAUAGAAUGUAAUUUACUAUUUAAAGAUAAGAAUUUGUGGUGUAAAUAUUGUCAUUCAAAACGAUUUCAAGAUAACUUUUCGAAAUGGGAUAGUGGAGAUGAAACGAUCAAUGAUAUUAUUAGAAAAACGCAACUUAAUGCUGAAAAAACAUGUCAAGUAAUUGAGUGGAUUCCUUAUGAUGAUUUUGAGAAUAUAGAACAUUUUGCACGUGGAGGAUUUUCUAGAGUAUAUCGUGCUAAUUGGAUCCAUGGACAAAUCCUUUCCCGGAAUUAUCGUGAUCACGAUUAUAUUAGAAAUAAAAAUAUGCUUGUCGCUUUAAAGGAAUUAAAUAAUUCUUCUAAUAUUAAUGACAAUUUUUUAAAUGAGUUAAGAUUGAAUAUUCAAUUUAAUAAUAAUCCAUAUACGCUUAAAGUAUUAGGUAUAUCACGAAAUCCUAGUACUAAAAAUUACAUUAUAGUUACAAAUUAUAUGAAAAAAGGAAGUUUAUUAAAUAUGCUAUCCAGGAAAAAAAUAACAAACUGGUUAGAGAAAUUAUAUUUAAUUCAGAAAAUUUCUGAAGGAAUAAAAUUAAUUCAUGAUGCAGGAUUUUUACAUUGUGAUAUUCACAGUGGAAAUAUAUUUUACGAAAAUGUUUCAGAAAUAUAUAUUAGUGAUUUUGGAAUUAGCAUACCUGCAUACAAGGUUACUAGUGAUACAAAAAUCAAUGGAGUAUUAGCGUACACAGCACCUGAGAUUGUAAAUGGUGAUGGAACUCGUACUAUAAAAUCAGAUAUUUAUAGUUUAGGAAUUCUUUAUUGGGAAAUAAUUACACAAAAAAUGGCGUUUGCAAGUGAAAGAAAUGAUGAACUUUUUUUAAGUUUUGAAAUUUGUAAAGGUUUAAGACCAAAAUUUGAAGAAAGAACUCCAGAACAUUUGAAAAAGUUAAUAGAAUCUUGUUGGGAUGCGAACCCACAAAAAAGACCGACAAUUGAAUAUAUCAAUUUUGUAAUAGGUUCAAUGAUAUUUUAUCUCAUGAAUACCAGGGAAGAUUUAGCAGAAGAAUUCCGAUUAAAAUCACAAGCAGAAGAAGAAAAUGAAGUUAACGAUCAGUCACAAUAUUCAAAAGUACAAGAAGAAGAAAAUGAAAUCAAUCAAUCGAAAGAUUCAUUACUAACUAGUAAACUUAGUUUUAAAGAAGCUCUGUUUUCUACAUAUAGAAAUUCUUAUGAUGAAUACACAUUGGAAAGUCAAUUAUCCAAAUAUAAUAGUGAAGAAUGGUCAAAUAACUCGAAUGAUUCAUGUAUGAUCGAUAUAAAUGAAUUAGAAAAAUAUUAAAUUGAGAAAUUUCU